AUGGACGAUACUAUAAGAAAAAAGGAUAUUUUCAUAGUAAUAGGAAUAGCUAUUGGUUGCGGCAUCUUUUCCGAAUUUUUAAGUUGGCUAUUUGUGUAUAGAAACGAGAAAUUUAUAGCUUUAAAUGAGGAAUUAAAAGUAUUGUAUGAACAAGUUCAGAAGGAGAAGGAAGAUGGGUUAUUAAGUAAAAUAGAUACUAUUAAUAAAAAAAAAGGGAAGAAAAAGGUCACCACUGAAGAAAUAUAUAUGCAGAAAACAAAAAUGAUGACAACAUUAAAAGCAAAAGCGAAUAUUAUAACAGGUUUAAUUUUUAUGUCUAUGAUGCCUUUAUUAUUUAGUCUAUUUGAAGGAUUAACAAUAGCAAUUUUACCUUUUAAACCAAUUUUUCCAUUUACCUUAAUAACUCACACAGGUUUGCAAGGAAAAAAUUUGUAUCACUGUUCAUCAACUUUUAUUUAUACCUUAACCCUUAUGCUAACUAGGCAGAAUAUUCAGAAGUUUUUCGGAUAUGCACCGCCUUCUGGAAUAUUUGGAGACUUUAAGAUGCCCGAUGAGCAAGCCGAUAUAUGGAAAUAA